AUGACACCUUCACCUUGGCUGCCGGUGGCGGUGGCGGACCCACCGGUGGGGCCGGCGACGAGCAGCGCAGACUCGCCAGUGACAAAGCCUGGGCCAGACUCGCCAGUGGCAGAGCCGGGGGCGACGGAAGCCAAAGUGGAGGACGAUGGGCCGAUCGUGGAGGAUGGUUCCGAGGUAGACUCUGAGUUUGUGCGGGUUGGUGAGACGGAGCAGGACAUCACAUCCAUGCCGACAAGCCAAGUGGAGCACAUCCUGCAGAGCGGCGGCACCCUUCCUGGCUGGGACCCGCAGGGCGACCCUGUGAAGGACCUCGGGUACGUGAAAAUCUUUUACUCUGCGGCCAUCUCGAACUACGACCCAGCGACACUGUGGCCGACUUGUACACUGGAGACUGGUUUGAUGACCAAGCUGAUCGACCUUCGGGACCAGUAUGUGGCGAUGCACAACGAUGGGUCGAUGCUCAGUCUGAGUCCCGAGUCCCAGUACGAUCUCUCGGUGCUCGAGGUGUGGCGCCGCCACCUGUACAAAGGUGUUGUUCCCCACGGGCCGCUGCUCGGCUUGGCCAGGAUGAAGGGGCACGAGUUGUACUACCACAUCUACGGCGAGAACAACCCGCCUUUCCUGAUGGCCAAGGUUCCCGGUGGCUCGUACAACACGUACCCGUUCUUCCUGCACGCCUUCGACAUCAUGGCAGGAGUGAAAGGCAUGUUCAUGCAGGCUGGCCUCUGGAAAGUGCGAGGAUUGGUCCUCCUUUCACAGAUGAGGAUCCCGGAUCGCAGUCCCGCGGCUUUGAACAAGUCACUGCUGGCCCAGCAUUUUCCCGAGGGCGGCCGUAUCAUGGAGGAUGUGCUUCCGACGUACUGCUCGCUGAAGAUUGACCACUCGGGUUACAUGGAGCGUGGGCCCUACGAGCAUCUUGUCGAUGCCCCCCCGAACUCCGAAGAGUCCUUCUUCUUUGACUGCUCGCCCUCCACGACUUUCUACAUGCAGGGCAAGGGUCAGUUCGUCUAUGCCAUGAACCUUGGCUUCGAAAAGACCAAGAAGCCCCGCAGCGAGAUGACCGUCGAUUGGAUCCGCAAGGCCGAUGUCCCUGGAAUCAAGGAGUUCCAGGUACUGGGUGUGUUUCCAAUGGAGGCGCCUAGCCUGCAGGGCAUUUCGAAGUUCAAGUACCACUCCGGCAUCUACUGCGAGGAGGCCGGUGUCAAGAAGGCCUUGUUCCUGGAGCUGCGCGACUACCCGGACAACAUGUACUGCCGGGGAGGGCGGCGACCGCCGAACGUGCUGCAGCUCUUCGCAAUGGAUCUGGUGCCCAAAGAGAUCAAGAAGUCACUGGUGACGAAGGCACCGGCAGGGCAGAAUUUCGAGCCUCGUCGGAGCAGGCCUGGAUUUGUUGUCCAGGGCGACAGGCCGUUCAAAACCUGUCCGCACGGAUGGGUUUGGCAGGAAGCCUACAACGGCAAGAUCACGUUCUACUACGUGGACGAUGGCCAAACGUACGAGUUCCACCAGCACAGCCCGGACUCCAAUGUGCAGUUCUUUGACCACGAAAAAGGGGAGUACGUGGUGGCAAACAGCUGCACAGGCUUCUGGCAGCAUGACACGGUGUCGAGUUUCGUCGGCGACUUCAUCCGUGAGUACUACUACGACGACUGA